AUGGAACUCAGGAGAACACAGGACAAUUAUUACGAUAUCUGUAGGAGGUAUCUGGAGUUAGUCGGUCAGUGGCCUUAUCAGAAGCCGAAGCAGAGUUUGUUUUUCUUGAUUCUUAUACUCUUCUUUGACGUCAAUGUACUCUUUACACAGGCGGCAAGAUUUUUCGUAUGCGAUAACAUGAAGUGUAUCUUUGAAACUUUACCUCCACACAUACUGGCAGCGAUUAUUCCGGUGAAAAUUUUCACUUAUCAAUUUAACAGUCGCAAAAUUAAACAUCUCACAGAUCGCUUAUUCCUAGACUGGGAUAUGCUCGAGACUAAAACAGAACGCGAUAUUAUGAGAAAGUAUGCCGAAAAUGGCAGAUGGUACGUGUUGAUAUACAGCUGUGAGUAA